CUUUCGUGGGCAGGUCUUGAGAAGCCGGUGGACGUGGACCUGCUGAAGGAGGGGGCUCAGAAGCUGGUGGCAAAUGCAAAGGAGACGAUGCGUCGUAUGGGGGAGGGCACGCUAAACUGUGCCCCCCUGACUGAUGGCUGAAGAUCCUUCUUUCGGGCUAAGAUCUAUGUUUGUGGUUGUACCGGUCUUGUUUAAACCUGUUAACUAUUUUGAUCUUCUGUUGUUCGGUAGGUUAGGGGGUAGGUUUUUGUCCCAUUUUCAGAAUCGUUCGCUACUUCCCUCUGGAGACACAAACUAGGGUUUACGGCGGCGGGCGAGCGAUCGAUCGAAUUCCAGAUGGAGAUGGAGUCGGAGGCGGCGGGGAGGAAGAGAGAGCGCCGGACGGAGACUGAGACGGCGCAGGCAGGGAGGAAGAAAGGGCCGCCGCCGCCGCCGGGGAAAUUAUCCGCAGAGAUCCCAAGCGUGCUGGAUCGUCUCAAGCGAGAGCGGAUGGAAAUUCGACAGCAGAUGGACGCCUUGAGGCUGAAGCGAGCGUUGGAGAGGCGGAACCAGGAGAACCCCGGCGCGGAUCCCAUCGUGGCCGAGGCGCUCACGGCGGAGCAACGGGCGGCGCUGGUGCAGGAAGAGAAGGACAGGGACAAGGCGGCGACUCGCGAGUACUCCCUGCAGCGGCUCGCGGAGCUAGAGCGGGCGCCGCCGCGGCCGCAGCCGCGACCGCCGAAUCCCAACCAAGACGAACUGAAUUACAACGGCUACCGCCGGAUCUGGAACACCAAAUGGUCCGAACUUUACGGUUCAUUCGAGGACAUCACGCGUAUCCCCGCCAUGUGUUUCACAGAAAACCCUAUGCCUUGCAUCACCUGCCACCCGAGUGCUCUGCAAGUAUCUUCAGUCAAAGUUGCGGGAAUAUCUGGUGGUUUGCAGUGGCCCAUCCAUGUGUUUGGCAUGAUGGCCAUGCGCGACGACCUGGAUCACAAUCGCAAUAUUAUCUUCUCUCGCUCAAGGGACAACUGCCAAACCCUCACCCAACAGGAUCCACGUUUGAUACUAACAGGUCCUGCCCGUGCUGUUGUGCAUGAAUAUGGGUCUGUGUACUUCGAAGCCUUGCUGAAAGUGAAGGGCAAUACCGAAUCUGAGGACAAAGAUCUAAGCCUCCUAAUAAAGCGCUCCAAGGACAGAGAAUUGCCCAAAUCGAGUGCGACCAGCAUAACCUUCACCAGCAAGCUCAGCACACUGGAACUGGAGUGUGGCCUUGUCGUCUCCUCCACUGAGGCCACUAUAGCGGUUCAUGUCAUGGAAGGUUCAUGGCCAGAUGGGCUCCGCUGCCAGUUUACCGCCUGCAACACCAGCGUGCCGGACAUGAAAGUCUUGCUGCUUGAUUCCGGCGAAGAGAAGGUGGCUUCCUUGGACGGCACGGUGGAGCUCUCGCGCCGUGUCGUUUCUGUUGAAAGUUUCGGGCGGCUCAACGUUUCUGCCGUGGUGUUUCGGGGCGGCGACCAGGUUGUAGAGGUUGAGAUGUCCUUUGCACCUUUGGAAGCCGGUAGAAGCCAUGGUGUGUUUGAUGUUGGCUUCUGUAAGUUGCAAGUCACCGUGGCCUGGUCGCCAUUUCUGAUUUGCUAUCCUGCACCUGGUUUUUCUCUAGCCAAGGCUGGAGGAUCCUCCGGCGAGGUUGGUUCUAGCAGGAGCUAAUCCCAAGUUGACUCGCAUUGAUUGCUGAAUGUGUUGAACUCCGCAUUGUCGCUAUUGCUUGUGAAAUGAUGUGCUGGGGAGUCCACUGUUAAAUAUUUAUUUCCCCAUUUGUCGUGGUUUUAAAUUUGUUAGUAGCGGUGUUUUGUGAUAACCAACGAGGAUACCAGUAUGCUAAAUGUAUAUUUUGAACUCUGGAUUGUGUGGCUAUUGCUUGUGAAAUGA